UUUUCUUCCAAACUUCGACAUCUCACUCUUCACAAUGGCAACAAAUACAAGAACAGAAUGGUACAAAGACAACUUCCUCAUCUCCAUCAACCCCUCCCUCAUUCAACCAGCAGCCAUCAACGCAGCGUUUGAAUCGGAUUUGAUGUACUGGACCAAAACCAUGGACGAGGGGGAGUUGAAGAAGAUGCUGGAAAACAGUCUGUGCUUUGGACUUUAUGUUUUGCCCGAGUCGUCUUCAGCCAUCACUGGCAGAAGCAGUCCAAAGCAGAUUGGACUGGCGAGGUUGAUUACGGAUUAUGUUACUGUUGCGUAUAUAACUGAUGUUUAUGUUUUACAAGAGUAUCAGGGGAAGGGGCUGGGUACCUGGCUUUUGAGUACCGUGGAUGAGACGUUGAGGAGUUGGAAGGGGUUGAGGAGGGUGUGUUUGAUGAGUAGUGGGAAUGACGCGUGGUAUGAAAAGGCACUUGGUGUUAAGGAGUUUGAUCAGGGGAAUAAGAGUGGUUUGAAGUUUAUGACGAGGAAAGGCGGUGGGAGUGUAAUUGAGGAUUAA